CCACGUGACGCGCGUUCGUGUGUUGACGUCCGUGCUGGGUCAUUCGCGCGCCGCCUCGCUCCUGAUGCGCUUCUCUUCCUCACAAGAUCGAUGUUUCGAUUUCAGUCCCUGGAUGACGACUGUACGCUGGAGGAGGAAGACGAUGGACUGGUAGAGGAGGAAGAUGAAAUUGAUCAGUUCAACGAUGACACCUUUGGAGCUGGAGCCAUCGAUGACGACUGGCAGGAGGAGCACAAGCGGCUGGCUGAGCUCGACGAGCGUGACGAACAUGGAGCGGCGCAGCCGGAGGAGGCGGAGCCAGGAGGCGCAGAGCCCCCGCCCUCCUCUGCAGACCCUCCCUCCCUCCCGUCCUCCCUGGGCUUCUCCUCGUCUUCUGCUGACCUUCCUCCUCGAGAUGCGGACGAGCGAGCAGGUGGGGGGGAGCUGGCCGAGUCCGUGGCCCGCCUCAUCUUGGAGGCGGAUCCCGCCAUCGCCGGGGUCGGAGCGGCAGAGAAGCCCCGCCCCUCUCCCAGCCUGCACGGCCUGCAGCAGCCGCGCCCCCCCCAGAAGCCGCCCGGAGUCACAGCGCCGCCCGCCGCGUCCAUGCUCAGCUACCAGCAGCAGCUGUUGCUCCGAGGCCCCGCCCCCACGCCGCAGAUGAACUCUCACAGCAUCUGGGACAGCAGCCUGGGGUUCGGACCGGUCGGCGUCCCGCCCGCCUUGGCCGCACACAUGGAGGACAGCCCACUCAUGUCCAUCAUCAAGGAGGUGGGGCUUCCCAAACGACCUCUGCAGGGCAGGACCGAGGAGGGGUGGGACCUCUCCGAGAGGGUCCCGCCCCCACGCUCCUCCUCCCCUGUUAUUGGCUCACCUCCUGUGAGGGCGGUGCCAAUAGGGACUCCGCCCAAGCAGCCCAUGAGCCACGCCCUGAAUCAUCAGAUCCACCACCCCACGGCGGUUCACGUGCGCGCUCCGCUCCAGCACAGAUACCCCCCUCCCUUCCCCGAGCGCUUGUCCCCCAACACCCUCCUCAACAUAGCAAACUCCCCGCUGUGCCGCGGCCCGUUCCCCCCCAGAGUCCUGUCCCAGAUCCAGAGAGCCCAGCUGCUGAACUCUCAGGUUGCAGGUUUUCAUCGUGGUGGUCCCGGCCCUCCCUUGUUGCCGGGCGGCGGUUUCAGACCGUUUUUUGGGGGCCCUCCUCCUCCACACGGCCACAGAAUGGGCCCGCCCCCGCCCAUACCCCCCAUCCGGCACAACACCACCCACCUGCACCCGCAGCACCGCCGCCUGCUCACUCAGCGGCUGCAGAGCCGCGGGGGGGACCGAGGCAGGACCGCGGGGGACCGGCGCCCCAGAGAUCCCUACAGCAACCUGAUGAGCCAGAAGGAGAAGGAGUGGGUCACCAAGAUCCAGAUGAUGCAGCUGCAAAGCACCGACCCCUACCUGGACGACUACUACUACCAGAAUUACUACGAGAAAAUGGAGAAGCGUCAGGAGAAGGAGCAGGACAGCAGCAGCAGGAAGGAGCACGCCACCAAGCUCAUCACGCCGCAGGUCGCCAAGGUGGAGCACACCUACAGGCCAGUUCAGUUUGCAGGCUCUCUGGGGAAGCUGACGGUCUCCAGCGUCAACAACCCCCGAAAGAUGAUCGACGCCGUGGUGACGAGCCGCUCGGACGAUGAGGAGAAGAGGGAGAAGCAGGUGUGGAACAAACGGCGGCAGAUCCUGUACACGGUGGAGAAGAUGUUCAGCCUGCUGCUGGAGGUCCAGGACUUCGAGAAGCGCUUCGUGCAGACCCCCGAGGAGGAGCGUUCGGCCCUGUUGGAGCAGCACAAGACCAACACGGAGCAGCUGAGCGCCGCCCUGCGGGACAAGGACUGGGAGCACAGAGUGAGCGACGACCUGUGCGUGAUGAUCAUGUCGGUGAGGAAAGGCAAGCGCCUCAUGGGUAGGCUCCUCCCCUUCCUGCCUGCACCCCAGGCCGCUGCCGUCGUCAUGGCGAUCGCCCGCAACCUCCCCGUCUUGGCCAAGAAGGACAAGCAGGAUCAGGUGCUGUGCUGCCUGUUGGAUCCGGUGUCGGCGGUGGUUCAGUCGCUGGCGAGCUCCGCCCUCACCGACCUGCUGCAGGAGCUGCAGGGGAGCGAGGGUCAGCUGACCACGGUGCUGCAGAACAAGUUCGGCGUGACGCUGCUGUAUCUGAUCCUGAGCGAGGGCGAGCGGAUGCAGAGCUCCGACCCCGUUUGUCAGCUGAUGGACGACAAUCGAUGGACUGAGUUGGUGUUCUCGGUGAUGAGGGAGCUGCUCAGCGUCUCCUCUUCAUCGCUCUCCCCUCCACUCUUCACCCCCCCCAACCUGCUGUCCCUCUUUUCAAGAUAUGUGGACCGGCAGAGGCUGGAGCUGCUGCAGGACAAGCUGCAAAUCUCUGCCUCAUCGAGGUAGAAGUGACUUCAACAUCCACACGCCCCCCCCCCACCCAGCCCAUGCAGAACGUGUGUGUGUUUGUGCGUCAGAGGAGCGAGUGUGUUUGUGUGUCGUUGAGCUUCAUCUAGCAGACUUGUUUUACUGCAGCAGAAUCUGGUUUGUUUAGUGUUUGAAUCUGAAUGGAGAUCCAGAUGGAAUCUGCAUUUUUAAAUCUCUUGUUUACGAUUAUUCCUGUGACAAAAUAAAAAGUAUUUCUAUUAUAUAGA